AUGGCUCACGAAUCAGUUUGGUUUUCACACCCAAGAAACUUUGGUAAAGGUUCUAGACAAUGCCGUGUGUGCUCUUCGCACUCCGGUUUGAUCAGAAAGUACGGAUUGAACAUCUGCCGUCAAUGCUUCAGAGAGAGAGCUACUGACAUUGGCUUCAACAAGUACCGUUAA